AUGAAUUUAAAUUCUAAUCCAGAACGAACGCCUAGAAGAACCUCCACACAUCAAAUGACUGCUUUUGAAGCAGCUGUUGACUAUGCUGAAAGACAAGAUAUUUUUCUAUAUUUUACUGCUUUUAUGGGAAUUGUUAUGCCAGCAGUUGUAUAUUUUUUGUACAUGAAAAUUCAUAAUUAUUAUCAAAAGAAAUGGAAAAGGGAGGCAGAAAUUAAAGAACUUGAAAAAUUAAAGAAAAAGAAGGGAAAAAAUAUGAAAAAUAGUAAUUUAAAAAAAGUAAUUAAUAAUGAUAUAGAAAAAAUUGAAAUUAGUAAAAUGAUUACAUUAAACAUCAAAAUUUUUUUUUCUUUAGAAAAUGAAGAAAUUGAAAAAAUAAUUAAUAAUCAAUUAAAACUUCUUUCUUCAUAUAAUGUAACUAUACAUAAUAUUUCUACAAUGAAUGUUGAUGAAUUUUUAUCAUUUAAUGGUUUAUGUUUAUUUAUAAUUGAAAGUAACAAAGAUGGUACCAUAACAGAUGAUAUUUUAUGGUUUUUUGAAAUUUUACAAGAUUAUGAGGAAAGAAAAGAAAAAUUAAAAAAUAUUAAUUAUGCUAUAUUUGGUAUAAGUGAUAUUAAGUAUGGUGGAAAAAUAUAUCAAAAAAGUGGUAAAUUUUUGUCAUCUUUAUUAUACAAGUUAUCCGCAAAUAGUAUAUCUCCCAUAUGGUUUGGGGAUUUAAAUAAAGAAAAUGGUAUUAGUGAGCAAUUAAAAGAAUGGUUGAUGAAAAUUAAUUUAGUUUGUCAAAAACAAAUAUUAUUAAGAAAAAAAUAUGAUAAUAUUGUAAAAGAACCUUUAGAUAUUUUAGAUGAAGAGGAGAAUGAUAUUGAAUAUGAUUCAGAUGAAAGUUUAGAAGAUGAAACGGAUGAAGAAGAUAAAGAGGAGGAAGAUGAUGAAGAAAAUAGUGAAAAAGAUUAUAGUGAUAUAGAUAGUAGUGAGUCAGAUGACUAUGAAAAUGAAUCAAAAAAAAAGAAAUAA